AUGUCCUCAAAUAUCGUGUCCGUGGUCUGCACAUGCGUUUCCGCUGGUGCCCUUGCAAGCUUGGGCGUCAAGCCCGGUCAUUUUGGGUGGAUCUUUAUCGAUGAGGCUGGCCAGGCGACAGAACCUGAUACUAUGAUCCCUAUCAAGGAACUGGCAGAUGAUUAUACGAACGUGAUUCUAGCGGGUGAUCCGGAAACAGCUAGGAUCAUGGAACUCCUCAAGAAUUUCCGAUCUCAUCCAGCCAUUUUGGCUUUCGUGAAUGCACAUUUCUACAAAAACCGACUACAGGCAUGUGGCGACCCUAGGUUGACGAGGAGCAUGGAAAUUGGGACGACCUUCCGACGAAGAAGUUUCCCAAUCAUAUUCCAUGCUGUGGUUGGUCAAGAUCAAAGGGAGGAGGAGUCGCCGUCGUACUUCAACAUUAAUGAAGCGACAAUCGUAAAGAACUAUUGUUCACGGCUUGUUGCAGAGAAAGGUAUACGCGCUGACCAUAUCGCCGUUAUUACGCCAUAUCAUGCGCAGAGAAUGAAAAUUCUAUACCUCUUCUACCAGGAUCCAGAGUUAGAGGAGAUUAGCGUUGGGAGCGUUGAAGAGUUUCAGGGACAAGAACGCCGGAUAGUCAUCAUAUCCACUAUAUUCGACGUUCUCUCGGCUUUGUUGCAAGUCCACAUCGGUUCAACGGUGCGUCUCGCGUUCCUGACCCCUAGUUAUUUCUGGCCAUUACGAUUUACACUGUCCGUAGUCGCUGUGACCCGUGCUCAAGCCCUUCUCAUCAUUGUCGGCAACGCUGAUGUUCUGGCACUGGAUCCUAUAUGGGCGAACAUUCAUGAACUACGUCCACAACAUGGGCGGCUGGGGUGGAAACCGAAUCUCAUGGGAUCCCAUGGCCAACGUCGAUGA